CACCUUCCAUUUGCCAUCAGCCAAAUCCACAGCCUCCUCAAACAUCAUCUUCAUCAUCCCCUUCGCCCUGCAACUGGGCACCCGGUGGUCUCUACUAGCAGACCUCUGGUGGAUGCUGUUGUUUGCUUGAGUAAAUUCAUCACUCUGUACAGCGAAGAAGUUCUGUUCUUGAUCAUCUUCCCAAAUCAUAUCAAGAUGAUGUCGGUUUCUCUCAGCAAGAGCCAGUUCCGCCUAUCUUCACAUUUAAAGGUGGAAGAAGAGGCGCAUCUCAUGCAGAAGCAGCAAGGGAUAGUCUCUAUUCUCGGAUCCGACUGUGACAGAAGUAAAGUGGCGCCGCUGAGAAGAACCCUCUCUGCAGACAUGUCGAAAUGGUUGGCUCGUGAUCACCGUCCCAUGAAGAAGGUUGCGUCAUCUCAAGAAUUCCCAAUUUCAAGCACUCCGGAUUCAUCCUCGGAGGAAGAAGAAGAAGACGAUGACUGGAGCAACAACCUCGAAAGCCGGAGCCAAUCGGACGUGUGGAGGUUUAUUCAGAAGGAAAAAGAGAAGAAGGAGAUGGAAAAGGCGGGCCAAUUCGAUAUUUGGAGCUCAAUUCUGUGUCAAAAGGACAUGGAGGACUCGGCCAAGCUUCCACCUCCUUACAUUCAUCCUCUUGUCAAAAGAUCGAGCUCUCUCACUGGGAAGAGUCUCGAGAUUUGUACUGAAAGUCUCGGGUGUGAGACAGGUUCUGACGGGUUCUCCUCGUACCCCGCGUCAGAGACCGGUGACACAGAAGAGGACGGAGAUCAUCAACAAGUGUCAUCACAACCACAACCACCGCAGUCAGGGGAGAGAGAGUCACUGUCAUUUGAUAGAGACGAAUUUCGAAGUUCUAAACACAACAAAAAAUUUCCACCUCCUCUUCGGUCGUUUCCUCCGCCUCUACCUUCACUCAGCAACCGCGACAGGCUGUCCCUUCACAUGCAAAGUCGCCGUGAAAAUGGCCGCUUAGUCCUUGAAGCUGUGUCCCUUCCGUCGAGAAACUAUUUCCAUGCUCAACGCGAAGACGGUCGCCUCCUCCUCACAUUGGUCAAUGGUCCCCCUUCACAAGAACCAAACCAUGGAGAAGCUAUUGAUCAAGUGGAGGAUAGUGUAGAAGAGCUUGAAGAAGUGUUUGGAAAUGGAGCCGAAACUCGAUCCGAAGAAGAAUAUGAAGAAGAAGAAGAAGAAGAAGGAGAAGAAGAAGAGGAGGAAGAAAUGGUUGAAAAAGAAAAUGGAGCAAAUAAAAUGGGAAUUGUGAUAGAGCAAGCAGUACCAAAGGUGUCAAGUGGAGGGAUAAUUGUUCACAGGUCAGCAUUCAUGAUGAAGAAGCUGAUGGGUAUAGAAAAUAGGAACUCAACAUGGAGUACAUCCAAGUUCAAUAAAGGAGUUGAUUUGGUGGAUAUGGAUGUGGAGGAGGAUGAGGAAGAGGUGGCAAACCCACUACCACAGUCACUGCCGCCGCCAACCCGGGUGGCGCGGAUACCCACAUCACCAGCCUCUGCAGCAACCACCUCGUUCAAUGCAUACGAGUACUUCUGGCGGACCAAUUCCGCGGGGGUGGCAACCAUGAUGAGCCCACUUAGCCAACCAUGUCCACCCCUAAAAAACAGAUGCAACAAGGUCAUUCUAUCCAAUUCUAGUCCAAAGGCAUAUGGGCAGCAAGAUUUGGUGCUCUACAGGGGGAAAAAAGCUGACUACUUGGUUCCUUUUUUGAUGAGGGGUUGUAAGGAGCCCAGGAGGUCUCUUUUGAUUUGGGAGCCUUAUUGCAUUGCAACCUCUUGAUGCAUUCUCAUAUCCCAUUAGUGUUCAUCCAAUCCAGCAUUAGUUACUACAUACAUAUAUAUAUAUUUAUGUGUGUGUGUGUAUGUAUUUCUGGAAUUACUCUGUCUAUGUUGCUCUAUCACUCCCUUCCAGUACUCUGUUGAAGAGUUUGUGUAGCCAAAUAAAUAUAAAAUUAACAAGUAAAAGAAUACUUUGAUUUAGAGGAUCAAAGGAAGGGAGAUGAUUUUAACAGGGUUACCUGAUUUUAUAUAUAAAGUCUCUCUGUUAUAUUAUAUAUCAGUAGUUCAAUAAAAUCUUAGCCCCAUCUUUGACUAGGUGGUGUGUCUUGUCUGUCCCUGCAUUAUAAUUAAUGGAAUUCACUUUCCUUUUUUCCCC